AUGAGCAGCCCUAAGCGGAGAAUCGAGACCGAUGUGAGUAUCCUCCUCCCGCACCUGUUGAUGAGUGACUAUGAGGUGACUCUGGUCAAUGAUAAUAAAUUCUACGUCCGCUUCAAGGGCCCGGAGGAGACUCCGUUCGCUGGUGGCCACUGGAAGAUCCACGUCGAACUCCCUGAUCAAUACCCGUACAAGAGCCCCAGCAUCGGGUUCGUCAACCGGAUCUUCCACCCGAACAUUGAUGAGCUUUCCGGCUCCGUCUGCCUCGACGUCAUCAACCAGACCUGGUCGCCCAUGUACGACAUGAUCAAUAUCUUCGAGGUCUUCCUCCCUCAGCUCCUCCGCUACCCCAACCCGUCCGAUCCCCUCAACGGUGAAGCAGCAGCCAUGCUCAUGCGCGAGCCCAAGACCUACGAUGCAAAAGUGAAAGAGUAUGUUGCCAAGUACGCCAGCAAAGAUGCCGUCGACGACGCCGGCGAAGACACCGAGUCGGAAGACGAGCUGAGCUCGGCCGGAAGCUAUGAAUCCGGUGGCGAGGAGCCGGCCGGUACGAUGGAUGAUGUUUAAAGGAAACCCAACCGACCGCUCUCACCACUCCGCUCUCUCUCUCUCUCUCUCACACACACACAAUCCUUCGCAACCAUGCCCUUGCAUCUAGACUGAUUUCAGUCACUUUCUUUUCCGCCCGUUUCUCUGCUCCUGAUUUGGACAUUAUACUCCCAUCUAUAUCGCAUUGGCAUUGCCUCGUCCUUUUUUUCACACCUCUCCGCCUCCAUCUUCUGCUUCCCUUCUCCCGAUUUGCGAUUUAUUUUUAUUAUCUUAUCAAGUGAGAUCACAUGCCGGUGUCAGGCUGGAAGGCGUUCCUUGGCGGAGUUCUUUUUUUUUUUUUUUUUUUUUUUUUGUCUUUCUCUGCUGAAGUCCGCUGGUGCAAUUGAAUUGUCUUUAUUCCUCGUCAUGAGGAUGUUGUUG